AUGGACAGAGUUCUUGAUACCGAUGGUGAUGGUGGGUGUUUCGACAGAACGGUUGCUGCGAUCAAGUUACUGGAAGAAAGUGUUCUGACUGCUUUUGUGCAACAAGUAAGAGCUGAAGCCAUGAGCAAGCAUGACGACCGACUUGCCGCAAAUGUGCCCAAGAAAAGCAGGGGCCAUGGACAACGCGUAAACAAGAAACCUCACUCUCAAUCAUCUUUAUUUCAUCAUGUGAAGUCUUCUGGGAGCGUUAACGAGAACAAGAACAAGAAAAGGGUUGGUGGCAAGCGAUGCUUUGAAAGUGUUAACAGCAAUGAAGAUCAACAGAAGAAAAGGAAAUUGCUGAAGAGACCAAGGCCUGACAGAAUUAAUUUUGCAAAUUUUGGUCCUGAGACACCACCUGACAUGCUUGACGAAUGGUGGGAUAAAAUUCGAACAAAAGGAGGCACUGAUGUGAAGUUGGUGAUAACGAAACAGAUGUUUGCUACUGAUUUAAAUCCUCACCACGAUCGUUUCUCAAUCCCUUUUAAGCAGAUAAGAGAUUCCAGUUUUCUUACAGAGGAUGAGAAGAGCAAGUUAAAGGAGCAGAAGGAGAACAUACCUAUUACACUCAUGGAACCUUGUGGUGAUGAGUCUAAGAUGUUGCUAAGGCGGUGGAAUUUGAGAAGUAGCAGUACCUAUGUGUUGACAUCUAGUUGGAAGAAAGUCUUGGAAAGGAAUCAUCAGGGAUCAUCAAGGGAAUUCAAACAAAACGACAUAGUGCAGCUUUGGUCUUUUAGGCGCAAUGGAGAACUCUGGUUGGCACUGUUUAAGGUUGGGGAUGCAAGUACUACUCCUAGCGGUAGUGGCAGUAAAGGGGAGAAUGGGGAUGGUGUAAGUACAAGUCAUAAUACAAUGUUGGACUUGGAACUACAUUUAUAA